UUGCCUGCCUCUCACUCUGCUCUUCCCCUGUAGCGUUUAGACAGCCACAUAAUCCUCAGAACCCAUCUUCCUCCUUCCAUUCUCAAAUCUCCACCGUUGAUUGUAUAAAACAGAGCUUUGAAACUCCACAAGUUUGUUUCUUUGUUCUGUUUUUUUUUCAACGAUGAGAAAGUUAAGAGGGAUCAAGAUCAGAAGACCGAUUAAACGAAUCUCAAGAUGGAUCCUCCGGAGAAUCCGACUCCGACGAUCCAGAUACAUCCGGUUAGGCCCGACUCAACCGGUUUGCAAACCAAAAGCCAUCACGAAACUCAUAAGCUGGGGACGCAGCCUCACAUCACACAGCGCCAGGUUUCUCGGGUCUAAGAUAUCAAACUCCGGAUACAAGCCGAUCGGUAAGGAUCCGAUUCAAAGUAAACCCGACCCGGUUCCGAAAGGUCACUCGGCGGUUUACGUCGGUAAGAAAGACGGCGACUUUCAUAGAGUUUUGGUGCCUAUCGUGUACUUUAACCAUCCUCUGUUCGGUGAGCUUCUGAGAGAAGCAGAAGAAGAGUUCGGGUUUUGUCAAGAAGGUGGGAUCACUAUCCCUUGUCCUUAUUCGGAUUUCAAACGGGUUCAGACCCGUAUUGAAUCCGGGUCGGGUUUUGGUAAACUGUUCUGGAGCCGGCGCCGGCAAUAACAACGACGGGAGAAGACUAUUGACUUAAGAUAAUGAUGAAAAAAGUUUUAAACUCUUUUUUACUAUUUACUUUCUUUUGUGACCUUUUCACCUUUUUCACUGCUUUUAGUUUUUUUUUUGUUUAUCCUUUUUGUUAGAUAUGUGUAUAUGUGAUACUGUGGAAGUGAGAUUUUUCUUAGUUUAUAAACUAAGACGAUACUGUAAAUAAUUUAGAGAUUUUUCCUUUUCCGUAAUUGCAUAGGUGCUUUUGGUAA